UCCCAACAUGCUUUGUGAAGCGCAUCGACCACUACCGUAUAAAUUGGAAUCCACGUGGGUAAGGGGAAAGGCGCAGGCAGAGGGAGAGCGAUAAUAAGAACGCCAUGGAUGCAACUGAAAUAGCCCUGCUCAGUGUCUCUGAUAAGACUGGCCUGGUAGACUUUGCCAAGUGCCUGUCUGCCACAGGUCUGUCCCUAGUUGCCUCUGGGGGGACAGCCAAAGCUCUGCGAGAAGCUGGGCUCCCUGUCAGGGAUGUGUCUGAUGUCACUGGGUUUCCUGAGAUGCUGGGGGGAAGAGUGAAAACGUUACACCCAGCAGUUCAUGGAGGGAUUCUGGCGAGGAAGACCCCAUCAGACAAAGCUGAUAUGGACAAACUCGCUUUCAGUCUUGUGAGGGUUGUGGUGUGUAACCUGUAUCCGUUUGUGAAGACCAUCUCUUCUGCUGAUGUCACAGUAGAGCAGGCUGUGGAACAGAUUGACAUUGGUGGCGUGACACUGCUGCGCGCUGCGGCUAAGAACCAUGCCCGGGUGACCAUUGUGUGUGACCCUGACGACUACGGCAGGGUUGCCAAGGAGAUGGAAUGUUCUGAGGCCAAGGACACUUCUCUGGAGAUGCGGAAAAUUCUGGCUUUGAAGGCUUUUACUCACACAGCCCAAUAUGAUGAAGCCAUUUCGGAUUAUUUCAGAAAGGAGUACAGCAAGGGGGUUUCCCAGCUCCCCCUGCGCUAUGGGAUGAACCCCCACCAGGCACCUGCUCAGCUCUACACCCUCCGCCCCAAGCUCCCCAUCACAGUGGUGAAUGGCUCCCCUGGCUUCAUCAAUCUGUGUGAUGCUCUGAACGCCUGGCAGCUAGUGAGAGACCUGAAGAAAGCCCUGGGCCUACCCGCAGCCACUUCUUUCAAACAUGUGAGCCCUGCUGGUGCUGCUGUUGGUGUGCUAUUGAGUGAAGAGGAGGCUAAAGUUUGUAUGGUGCACGACAUGUACAAGGAUCUUACACCACUGGCAACUGCUUAUGCAAGAGCUAGAGGUUCUGACCGGAUGUCCUCAUUUGGAGACUUUAUUGCUGUGUCAGAUAUCUGUGAUGUUCCUACUGCCAAAAUCAUCUCCAGAGAGGUAUCUGAUGGAAUAAUUGCUCCUGGUUACGAAGCAGAGGCAUUAAAAAUUCUGUCUAAGAAGAAAAAUGGAAACUAUUGUGUCUUGCAGGUGGACCCUGAGUAUGAGCCAGAUGAGACUGAAGUGCGUGUUCUCUUUGGGUUACAUUUGAUGCAGAAGAGGAACAAUGCGGUUAUUGACCGGUCGCUGUUCAGCAAAGUUGUCACCAAAGGAGAACUGCCCGAGCACGCAGUCCGGGACCUCAUUGUAGCCAGCAUUGCUGUCAAGUACACCCAGUCUAACUCUGUGUGCUACGCCAAGGAUGGACAGGUGAUUGGUAUCGGUGCUGGACAGCAGUCCCGUAUCCACUGCACACGCCUGGCUGGUGACAAGGCGAACAACUGGUGGUUGAGACACCACCCGACCGUGUUGUCUAUGCAGUUCAAGACAGGAGUGAAGAGAGCAGAAAUUGCCAACGCUAUUGACCAGUAUGUUAGCGGCACCAUUGGUGAGGAUGCUGAUCUGGAGGCGUGGAAGGGGUUGUUUGAGAAGGUCCCUGCGCUGCUUUCUGAGAAUGAGAAAAAGAACUGGAUCAGCACACUGAAGGGGGUGGCUCUGAGCUCGGAUGCCUUUUUCCCUUUUAGAGACAAUGUGGAUAGAGCUAAAAAGAGCGGAGUGGAGUUCAUAGCAGCCCCGUCUGGAUCUGCAGCUGAUCAGAUUGUGAUUGAUGCCUGUAAUGAGCUGGGGAUUGUUCUGGCGCACACCAGCCUGCGUCUCUUCCACCACUGAAUCUCCAUCUAUCUGCUACAUUCCACUUGCAUGUUUACCUCUUCAUAUGAAAUACUGUUGCCUUUAUUUGUAAUACUAGUGAGGUAUACUGGAACAAUAAAACCUUUUCUUCUGCAUAAA